UUUUUUUUCCCGUUCCUUUAACUUUUAUUGAGUAGUUUGGGAUGUGUGUGUGUUAAAUUUAGGGGUCGGUUAUCGAUUAUCUAUCUCGCUGCUGGAUCUUUGACUCCGAGGCUGUUUGGAUAGCAGGUGCUGGCUGCUUUUAGUCCAGAAUAAAAACGGAUAUCGUGAUGUUACGCUGCAACUACGGCGCAUCGGCUACAAUAAACCCACGGACUGACAGGGUCGGAGGCGUUCUUUGCGCGUGUCCGCGCUGCUGCACCAGGAUAUCGCGUCCAGAUCUGCCUUUUUGCCAAAGUUUAUGCCAUUCUUAUUGGGGUUGUUGGGUGGCCAGUUCCAGAGAAAGAGUCCCUGUUGCAAUGCAACCAAGCGACACGAGCGUUUUGCCCCCUUUUGUGGCUUUAGCGUGCGGACAUGGUGUUGCUUUCCCCGGACAUGUCCGCUUUGGGCUUGUUUCUUUCGGGUUGUCCGGCUCCAUACCCCACUGUCCACCUCUUCAUUACUUAUUUUAACCCGAAAUACUCAGAUCUAUAAAGCAAAUACAUCCUCUCGGUUCACCACUGCGCUCAAAGCUAUUUUUUUUAAACCGCACCUGAUUUAACGCACCUUCCAGCCAAAGUGAGGCGAGCAGUCUCCGGACACGAUCCCAUACUGGGUAAUACGCGAAAAUAGUCGAAAUAACGCCCCGAGUCAAAACCGUUAUUCGGAAAGCGGACAAUCAUCGGUAAUAGUCAGUACACCGUUACCUGCUGCGCUUCAAAACUACUCCGACUUUACCGAGGCGUGGGUGGCUGCGUUGUCCGGAAGGAAGAGCGAGCGCUGGGCUACUGAUAGCAUGGCGAGUCCCUCUAGAGCCAUCCAGCUCCUGGGUCCCCUGUUUUUAAUCGCCAGCACUAGAAUACAGCUAAAACUAACACUUUAGGCAGAUUUUAUGACAUUAACACAUUUUAAUCCCUCACAGCCUUUAAGUGACAUUUCCAUUAUCGGUUCCCAUCCGCUUCGGUGACUUCAUUAUUUCCUCGUAGUAAUGUCUCAAAUCCCAGAGAUACUGGUGAAAACAUAGGGUCGAAGUUGAGGGUUAGUGUUUUUUUGUGACAUUCGGGGGAAACGGACCUCAGUGAGGGCUUCUGGAGUAUUUUACGCACUGAUGGCUGUUUUGUAGGAGUGUAGAUAGACUUGGCCCAAAUUGGGACGCGACAGUGACAGUGGCAUCGAUCGCACGGUAGAAAAAAAAACAAAACAAAAAAAACAUCAGGGCCAAGGGGCCAGUCUGUCUCCAGCUCGGGUAGCCUGUGUAACGGUGUAGUGAGUGUGUGCCUGGAGGGAAUGUAUACGCUCCAAAUGAACGGUGCGACCAUAUAGGAGCGACCUUUUGAUAGGACUCGUUUGAGCACGGCUUUCUGGCUCUUUGUGCGGAUUAAGCACCGAAAAUAACCCCCCUCGUUUCUUAUUUCCUUUACUUUUAAACUUACGAUUUGUAUGAUUGAAUCCAUUUUGAACCAAUGUAAUGGAAUUAUUUGUGGAAUCUGGUGAAAGAAAAAAACAACGUUUGAACUGUAUUUUUGUUACCAUUAUUGUUAUUUUAUUUUAUUAAAUUUGAAUAUUAUUUUUAAAAUAUUUAAUCUAACUAUAAACGUAUAUUUUUUUUGUUCAAAUUAAAUUCAGUCAGAUAAUAUGUAUGUUUUGUUGAACUGUAAACACUUAAUGUUUUUCUUUGGUCUGGACAAACCUGUUUCACUAAGACAAUGUAACUGCAUUUCCAUACACUCUAAUUUAAUACAAUAAUGAUAGUUAUAAUAAAAAUUUAAAUAAUUUUUUGGGGACUUUAUUUUUUUAAUGUUGUUCACAUGCUCUACCACUUUUAACACCGUCUUUGGCUGUGUGUGUGUGUGUGUGUUUGUAUUGGUGCAUGUUAGUUAAGCAGCUUGCAACAUUAAUUUCAUCCAAUGCGGUAGAGGAGAGGAGUUAAAAAAAAAAAACAUAUAGUGUGAGAGAUGGCCAGAUAGCCCUAGGAGGACAAUAGCCGUUGGCUUGAAAAUGCUUCUUGAUUAUUAAAAGCUAAUGCAUUUUCAGCAUUGCAGCCUUCAUUAAGGGUGCGGAUGGAGGCGGGGGUGAGUGGGAUGAGAGGCUACUGGGAGGAAGAGAGGAUGGGAGAGAGAGAGAGGGGGGGAGAGAGACAGGGGCUGAAUCUGUCCUAUAACUCCUGGGCCCAAGACACAUGCAGCUAGAAGAUUGGCUCGGGCUUCUCCUAGGGGUCGACAAUGUGUCAUUUCCACCCGGCUAGAUUGCCCUCUGCCUAUCUGAUAUUAAUGUGCAAAUCAAUAUUUCAAGGAUUAAAUUUCCCUUCUUCAUUUUUUAUGGUUUCUACCUCAAUAAGUCUCCCGUCUAAUAGAGGAGGCUGGAUGAUUUAGAAGCUUUUGCUGCAGAAAGAGAGAGAGAGCGACAGAAAGAAAUAGAGGGGAGCUUUGCAACAAGGCUAUCGCUGCAUUUUAAUGUUCUUCUUCAUGGAUCCCCCGUAGGCCCUUGGUAAGGAGGGCUAUAUUGCUGGUUUACAGUGUAAAGACAGCCAAUUUAGGCAAAAAGGCAGAAAGGAAAAAAUAUGAGUCCGGUUGAAUACUUAAGACGCUGUUGUAAUCCGAGUAGCAGGUAUUAGUGAACCGGGAGCUUCCCCCUCAAAGACACAAAUACGUACAGAGAGCUACAUCCAAACCUGCAUUACCAGCCGUCAUGCUUGAACGGACAGUGUAGCUUAUUGCAGCCUGGACGGCUUUAACACUGUAUUUUUUCAUCUUUAACUCAAUUUCACUUUUUUUUUUUUACAUGUAGGAGCCCGUUGAAAUUUGUCGGAGAGAUUUACUCUCUUGUGGAAUAACAUCUGGUGUAUGUGUGUUAUAGAAAUGAAUCACUCUGACACAAUGACCUGUGUAUGACUAUUGGGGAGUGUAUUACCAUAGUCAUAAUGCUGCAUCUCAUUGAAAGUCAACCAAAUGAGCUUGGACCCUUUGACUCCCUAUAGACAUUCAUUAAGGGACAGUGUGUAUACACACACACACACACACACACACACACACACUCAGAGGCGUCUGUCUGCCAGUAGGUGUGUGUCUGUGCAUGUGUGUUUAUUUAAUCCUCCUUCCUGUACCAUCUGGUGUGUCUGUAUGCAUGUGUGUAUGCGUGUCCAGCAGCAGCAGCAGCACAGUGUGAAUUUCUCUCCUCUCAGCCACCAAAUCGCCCCCCCUCCCUCCCAAAUUCAGCCUGUGCAGCAGAACAGAGCAGACUGUUUUAACAUACUUGUGAUAUGGAGAGUGUCAGCGAGCGAAAACAAGAAAAGAGAGGGAGAAAGAGACAGAGGAAGAGGCACAAAAGAUCUCUAAUUGUAGCUCGACCGCUUGGCUUCCUCCCUGAUUCACGGCCAUUACGAUGUGAAAAGCACAACUGCCUGUCCUCCAUUAUUAAAACGGCAGGCCUAAGCACACUCUCUCGUCCAUACACGCACACUCACUAGGGGGAAUCAUGUAGAUUUUUUUUUUGUCUCUCGACUGUGACUGAAAAAUGUCUGCUAUCAUCCUGGUCACCCACUUUAAAAACUGAUUCUGUUUUAAAGAUAUUCAGACAUUUUCACCCACAUUAAUUUAAGUUAGUUUGUUUAAUCUUUGACAGUAUAGCUAUAAUUUCUAUAAAGGCAAAAAAACAUGUCAAAACAAUAAUAUUCAAUUUUGAUGGACGAAGUUGUCACUUAACCUCUCUCUAUAUAUGUGUAUAUAUAUUUAUAUAUAUAUACUUUUAUUUUCCUAACAAAAAAUCUAUUAUGCAACUGUAUUUGCCAUGUCGCCAAGUAGAUAUCUAAGAGUCAAAUUUUCCCGAGGUUUGAUAUGCUUUUGGUGAUCUAGUGUUAUUGUGUGUAUGUGUGUGUGUGGGUGUUCAUAAAGAGCUGACAGCAUGCACUAGUCGUGUUGGGGUCUCCUGGCUCACAGAGGCCUGUAGGGGGAGAAGCUAAGAAGUCCACAGCAGCUCAGCAUUAUGUCUCAAAGAGGGGGGGCUUCCUGUGUCAACCCUGGGGCGCAGCAGCUAACACACACUUUCUCUCCAUCACACACAGCGGGCGAAAGGCGGAGGAGGGUUAAAGACUUGGAACGAGAUCAAGCCCCUCCGUAGCUCCCGGGGAGGGAGCUUGUGAAUAUGCGAGUUUUAGUGUAAUUAGCACUUAAUUAUAUUAACAUAUGCAAAUUGUCAGGCGUAGAGCUUGUACAGCCAGUGGGUAUCGGUGGAGGUACAAGUGACUCUAUUGUACCGCCACAGCAGAAAAGAGAAUAAUGGGUGGGUGUAAAGCAACCAGUCAGAGAGUCAACCCCCGGUGCUAGCACAUAACCAGCUAGCUUAUUUAAGUCUCUGGCUGGCAGCUUUGCCAAAUUUCAUUAGUAGCCAUGACGACUUGGCUAAUUGUGCUGACUAAUGUGCCCUGAUCUGUUGUCAGUUGACAGGCGUGGGUGUGCAUCUUAUGCCCCUAAAACAAGAAUGGGGAGAGAGACAGACCCAAUUGUCCCGAUUAAUCCAGCACACGUUAACUCCCAUUUAAACACAUUUUUCCUGUAAGAGUAUUUGCAUAUGCAAAAAUACAUCCCAAUCUUUCUUUGUCUCCUUGGUUAGUGUUUGCAUGCGCGCACCUGCGUUGACAAGGUUGCGAGCAUGUGGCUGCAAUGUGUUGGAGGGCAAUGACAACAGUUGAGCUGUGAGCUGCGUGUUUCAGUCUAAGUGUGUCGUGUGUGUAAUGCGCUGCUGCCUGUGAAGCAGAACUUGGACUGUGCGGCUGGUAUGGCCAUGUGUAGCGACAUGGUUGAAUUUGUUUUUGAUUAUUGUACAAGACUGUGAUUCUGGCAAAGAAAAGCCUGGGCCUGACUAACAGGGACAAGGAGUUGUGCUUUAGAAAGUUCCAUUCUUCUAUUAUUCCACAUAGAAAUAUGUAAUUUGGACACAUCAUUAUAGUUACCCCCAACCAGGCAGCAGGGCUCCUUUUUUAUUAUUCUUGGAGGCAAUGGGGGUGUUUAAUGUUGUGUACUUCCCUCUAGCUAAAGGUGGAUAGAGAUUGGGCAUAGUUGGUGCUACUCGUACUUGCAUGCUAAUCCUGUUUUUUGACAGGAACGUAAACUGAUAUAAUUGCUUUUCAGAGGCAGGAAUGGCAGUUUAUACAAGUGUGAAAGCACGGGAAAGGGGAUUAGCAUUAUUUUGCAUAAUGCUGGGCAGGCGCUGAAUGGGGCAUUGAACGCUUGACUGGGUGACAUAGAUGAAAGAGAGAUGAAAUGCUUCACCCCUCUUCUUUUUCCUCCCUCCCUCUCUUCUAUUUCUCCCCUCUGGUCUCUCCUCCUCUGGUCACUGCUGCCGAUAGAGAACUGUGUUUUUGGGAGAGAACCUCGGAAGCACUGUGUUGUGAUGCAGGCAGAUGGGAGGUGUGAAGCAAUAUGGAUGAUAAUAGAGUCGCUGUGGUACCCUACAGGUACCCGUAGGUUUACAAAUACAUAUAUAUAUAUAUAUAUAUAUAUAUAUACACACAUAUGUACUAGACUACCUAAAACACUGAAGUGUACAAUUAUGUAGUAGGAUGGAGGUGGCUUAGGCAGCUUUUACAUGGAAGGAAGGGUGCGGCUGUCGUGGAUCAAAUCUAACUACACAGUUCCUACCUUUUCCUUUAUUGAGAUGUUUACUAAGGCUUUGGUUGGAUAUCGUCUGGAUAGAGGGAAAUGUGGAGCUGCACGGCAGGUGUGUUUUAAUGUGAAUGCCUGCAUGUGUGUAUAAGCUUUGCUGAUAGAGGGAGGUGGGCGCACCGGGACUGGUGACACAGCUUAAAAUUGCCACUGUGACUUCCAUAUGACCCAAAUCGACUUUGUGCGUAAUUUAUGAUCAACCGUCAUUAUUGUUAUUGCAUCUGGUGUAUGGAAAUGAUCCAGGGUUGAGGGAGGGGCAUGAGGUCGGGUGGUGGAGAACACGAACGCCACAAAGGCUAGUAUGGCCUGUUUUUGUUUUCUCUCAUUGGACAGGAUCCUCUUUCUUUGACCUUUUGCACGCCUUCCCUUGCCUUUCAUAUGCUAAUGCCGGCCAGAUCCGAGGAGGAAACAUGCUGAAGCUGAGUGGAAGAGGACAAAGACUCCUCUCUCUCUUUCUCUGCCUCCUUUCCACGCCAUAUCUCCUCUUUUCUUGCCUCUUCCACUCUCGACCAACUUGACAGACUUUGGCAUGAAAGGAAGUGAGUGCUCGGUGGAUAGCAAAGGUGGGGACGGCAUUGUUGGCGUGACCCACACCACCUGUGAGGAUCAAGUGCACUGCAGAAAUCCUUGGUCAUGUUUAUGUGGACGCAUUUUGAGUGGCCCUUGUAGUGGGUAUUGCAGAUCGGUAAUCGUUUGGAGCCGUGCCGCCAGUGGUGUUGUAGCUGAAGCCGAGUCAGUUUUGGAGUGAUUUGUUGCUUUCCCAGAGCAGCUAGUGAAGUUGUCAUAGAGGGCCUCUAUUUGCUCCCAGUUUCUCUCAGACCUGCCAACUCUGUCGUCCUACAACCGGUAAAGUAGUGUCUCUAGUGGGGUAAAAGGAUACCAAUAUAGCAACUACAACUCUCCCCUAACAUAAUGCUCCAGUGAACCACUGCAGAGCAUGACGUGGUUUUGAGGCUCUUUCUGCUGUGUUAUGGGAAGGGGGCAUGUUAUCUGUAGGAAAUGUAAUUUUUGUCCUCAUUGAAAUAAUUCAUUAUUGAGCUUGGUUAUCUAAAUGUUUUUGUUGCCGUUGGUCCAGCGCCAGUAGGGAUUGCAUUUCUCUUCUCCUACUCCCUCUCUCUCCCAUGUUUUCAUGUCUGUCUUUCUCUCUCUCUCCCUCACUCUCUCUCUCCGUCUCACAUCUCGCCAGGCCUGCAUUGGUCUCUUAAGGGAAAAUAGAAAGAGGGGAAUUUUCUCUUCCCUCUGUGCUCUGUCCUGUUCUCAGGCUCUACUGCCUAUUUUGCAUCAGCCAUCUCAUACAGGAUAUUAGCCAAAGGAAAAAAAACAGGGGUCAGGGUAUUUCAAUUAGAAUAAUAUGUUUAUUCUUUUCAUUUCAAAGUCGGGGAUUCUGUAGGGUGGGGACAGAACAGUUGGAGCCGUGUGUUCGAGGACUGUGUGUUUGAUGUGAGGUUCUGUUGGCUCUGGGUGUGCCUGUGAAACUCAGGUUAGGGUCAAAUAAAACAGGAUGGUGAAAACACAAGGCCAUUCCACAGCAUGUCUCCCAUACUGUCAUACAUUUUUGUUUCUCUCUCUCUCGCUCUCUCUCUCAGUAUGUAUCAUUUAAAUUACUUUUUUAAAAGCUAGAUAGAGACAGAUAUUUAAAGCACAGCUAUUAUUAAUUCCUGAAAAUUUAUUUCAUUUGUGAUGCUGCAGUUACCUUUCAGACUGUGACAUUUGUUUGUCCUCUACACCCCUUAAUGCAGUCACUGUGAAGGACAAUCCCUCAGCUCCGCAGCUCAGUGUGAGUGCCUCAAACCCUCACUCUACAUAUUCGACACAGAAUUCAGCAGCCUUUUGUUUUAGAAAAUCUUUGUCCCUCUUGUACUUGCUAACAAAAUAGUGCACCACACAAAAAGGUUAUAUGCCACGUUUUAUCGAUUGCUACCAGAAGCAUUUUUCUACCUGUACCUGUAAAAGCUGGCAAGGCCAAAAGAGAAAAGCUGCAAAAAGACAUCCCACUACCUGAUGUGAACUGAAGUUAAAAGCAGGCUGAGUAAAGACGAGAGGGAGAAAAGUUAAAGGAUGACUAAAUUUGUCCAGGUCUGAGGAAAGAUAGCACAAUAGCACAAGGCGCCUCAUGACAAAUGAUGCAUUCUCUCUCUCGCUGGCCAAAGACAAAGGCAGGGAUUGAGGAGGCAGCGAGCCAAGUCACAGGAUAUAUGCACAUUAACAGACCUUUAGGAGAAGUGAGGAGAUAAUAGACCAACUCUGUACAUCUGUAAGAAACAGUGAUAUAAUGAAAUAUUCUAUUACAGCACGGGUCUCUGUCUGCAUGUACAUGUUCUGUAUGCAGCAUGAUUGACAUGUGGUAGUCCUGUAGGCGAUUGCAUGUGGAUUUCAAGGCCACUGGCAGAGCUCAUUGUGAGGAAUAAGUGGCUAAUUAAUUAUGUAUGAGUUGUGGCCAUAAACAAACAGUGUAAUGAGAGAUGAGACAGAUUUAAUAAAGAAAGUGACUCCAGUUGUAGGAAGACCUCCCCAGUCAUCCUGUAUAUUAUUAUUAUUAUUAUUAUAGCUGAUGUAAUCCACAUACAAUCAGACUCAUUAUAUUUAUUUAUAUUAUAUAUUUCCUUAUUCUCUUUUGUCAUGUCACACAUACGUAUGUGUACUAUAUUAAAACAAAAACCUAUUUCUUUCCAAUGUAGGUCUCAGUCUCAUCUAAUAUAGGCAAAAAAGCAUGUGUUUCCUCAUCUCCCCAGAGAGAACUCCAGCCAACACCAUCCCUCUCAAUCCUUGCUUCUUCUUUCUGGCUUGGCAUCAGCCGUGGAAUAAUCUUUAAUUAUUUGCUUUUAAAAGAAAAAAAUAAGACCCCCUCCCCCCUUUUUUCCCCGUGACAGAAAAGAAGAAGAGCAGAGCAGGCGCAGGAAUGUUCUUGUAUAUGAAAUUGUAGGUAUUAACAGCUCUGGUUUUGUCAGUGGUUUUUCGCUGAUGUAUCAGCUCCCUGCUUCUAGACUAAAUAAAGAGGGGAGUUUUGCCGUGUUUCAUCGCGGCUGAGAUGUGCAGAUAUAGGAAGGCUUUGGAGGAAUAGUUAAAAAAGCAAAUGAAACAGACCUCUGCUUUAACACAAUACUUGAACAGGGUUUAAGAUGUGCUGAUGGACAUAUCUUAAUCGAGACACUGGAUGUGAACUUUGUGCCAGAGCAAAGGAAAACACACAAACACAAAUCUAUCUGUAUGUAUAUACACACAAAGGCCAGAACAUCAUGUUUAGAAUUCACCAGUCACACUUUUGUCUGUUGAAUAUUCCAUUAAAUAUUCACUAAAAGGUAAAAUGUUGCCAUUUUUAUACAAUAAACAAGAAGGAAAUUUGUCCAUUUGGAUCCAGUGUCCUGUCUACAGAAGGGCUGGAUUUGCGUGACAUGCUACAAUUGUUUGUUUUUUUACAUUCUGUUAAAGGAAUAUUCAUGCGCUAAUCUAAAACCCCAGCUAAUUACAUCUGACAGUUGUUUGUUUGUAGUGAAAUCCAAUUAAAAUGUACACUUUUCAACUCCAUUGCUCAUUUCUCUCCCUGCACCCCCCCUCCCUCCCACGGUAACUAGAAAAAGAGCCCAUGAUGGCAUAAAUAACAACUGUGCUUUCCUUGUGGUUUUUGUGAGAAGAGGGCAAACUCACAACAGCUGUCAGAAAAGAGGGGUUUGUUUAAAAAGCAAAUGGCUUUGGUCUAAAGUUCAUUUGGAGACCUCUCUAAUUAAAUAGAGAGCCAAAAGCUUAAGUUAAUUAGUAAUUCCCUGGGUCCAGAAAUUAGACCUGUCACGAGUGUUUCGAGCUCUCGGAAAACUGUAAGGUCCCUGUUAGGCUGGAUGAGAUGAGAUCCCCAUGUAGUGGUCGUCAUGGCAACUUGUGACUCCCCCCCUAUGGUGUCCUCACGGCAGCAGGAACAUGGUGGACAGAGGCUGGACGCUGCUGCUGAGGACAACUCCGUCAUUGCCAUGGAGACCAGUGUCGCCAACAGCAACAAUGCCAACAACAACCAAUCAUCACCUGCUGCCAUUAGAGAGCCGGAGAAUGGCCUUGGACAGCCUGUUGUGAGCCCGCUGACGUCCACUGCUACCCCCACCACUGUCACUACAACCACCGACCUUGUACCUGAACAGGGUCGGAGAGAAAGCUUUACUACCAGUAACAAAGUGAAUGUUGCUGGGACUUUACCGGGAGUAGGAGGAGGAGCAGUUUUGGGUUCUGACUGUUCAGCCCCAGCCACGUCGCCUGUGGCGCCGGCAAAAGAGAUCCCUUGCAACGAAUGUUCUAAUUCCUUCUCCAGUUUACAAAAAUACAUGGAGCACCACUGCCCCAAUGCUCGCCUGCCUACCACUGGAGGUAAUGAGGAGAGUGAGGAGAUGGAAGGCAUGGUAGGGGAGGAGAGUGAAGAUGAAGGGGAUCAUGAAGUGAGUGCUGCAGAGAUGGAGGAGAUGACCAGUGAGGUUGAAAUGGAAGAGGAGAGCGAUGUGGAGCAGCUUUGUGGUGAGAUCAUUUACCAGCCUGAUGGCUCUGCCUUCAUCCUGGAGGACUCCAAAGAGCAGCAUGGCAACCAAGGGGGGCUCCCUGCAGCUUUCCAGUUCAGGGGCCUGCUGUCCCCCCACACCUUCCCCAGUGUCCAGGCCAGCAGUGGUCAGAGAGGCCUGAGCCCAGGGGGAGAGCGGACGGAGCAGCCUGCUGCACCCAUGUCCUUCUACCCACAGAUCAUUAACACCUUCCACAUCGCCUCAUCCCUGGGGAGUAAACCCCUAGUGGCUGACCACCCCUCCUUCCCAAAUACCUCAGUUGGAGGGCUGGCAGGCACUAGUCCUGUGUUGCACAGUUUCCGUGUCUAUGACCUCCGCCACAAGAAUGACAAAGACUAUCUUACAGCGGAUGGUGCAGCCAAAAACUCCUGUGUGUCCAAAGAUGUCCCUAACAAUGUGGACUUGUCCAAGUUUGAGGGCUGCGUGGCUGAUGGGCGGCGGAAGCCUGUGCUGAUGUGUUUCUUGUGCAAGCUGUCUUUUGGCUACAGCCGUUCCUUCGUGACACACGCUGUCCAUGACCACCGUAUGACCCUGAAUGAGCAGGAGCAGAAACUGCUGAGCAACAAGUAUGUCUCUGCCAUCAUCCAGGGCAUCGGCAAGGACAAAGAACCUCUUAUAAGCUUUUUGGAACCAAAAAAACCCCCCAACUCUGUGCUACCCCACUUUCCCACACCUGCCAACUUCCUAGGGCCGGACACGGGCCUUCGCGGAUUGUGGAAUGCUUUCCACAGUAGUGGGGAGAAUGCAGAUUCCCUUCAAGCAGGAUUUGCCUUCCUGAAGGGCAGUGCCAGCAGCUCCUCCAAUGACCAAACUCCUAGAACACAAACCAUGCCAAAGGCUGAGACCAACCCAAACCUCGGGGGAGGGGCUGGUGCCCUCAGAACCCCCAGCAGGAGUUCUGCUGCUGCUGCCGCUGGUGGUAAACUGGAAGGUCAGAACUCUGAUACUGACUGUAAAGGCCGUGUUAGGGAUACAUGCACUUUGCAACCCAAUGGGCCGGACCUGAGCCAGUACCCACCUAUCAAGCGGGAGCCCGGUGUAGUAGGAGGAGAGAGUCCUGAGCAAGAUGAGGAUGCCUACUUCAAUGGUGGUGGAGUAGACAUGGAGGCAGAAGAGGAGGAGGAACAGGCCUUUUCCCUGGCUAUGACAGGCCAGCGGGCUGACAGCACCAGUAGCAAAGAUUUCCCUCUCUUAAACCAAAGUAUUUCCCCCCUUUCCAACAGUGUGCUUAAGUUUAACAGUGAUAGCAAAGGCCCUGCCUCCACUUCCUCUUCCACACAUCCUAUGUUUGAGAAGCUGGAGAUGGAAAAGAACCGCAUGUCCACUGCCCUGGCAGCUGCCAGAGAGCGGGAGAGCAGCAGUGAUUCAACCAGUGAAGCCCUGGGAGGACGGGAUGGAUCAUCACCCUCCUCUCACCCUCUUGACAUGAUUUUGCGCAGAGAUGACGAAAGUCCUGGACCUUUGCAUCAGCAUGCAGGAAAUCCAGGUACACCUGGGACUCCAGGCACACCUGGUACACCUGGUCCAGGUGAGGGGUCACCAGGUAGUGGGGUAGAGUGCCCAAAGUGUGACACUGUCUUGGGAUCCUCACGGUCUUUGGGAGGGCAUAUGACAAUGAUGCAUUCCCGUAACUCCUGCAAGACACUGAAGUGUCCAAAGUGUAACUGGCACUACAAGUACCAGCAGACGCUGGACGCUCACAUGAAGGAGAAACAUCCAGAGUCUGGUGGAUCGUGUGUGUACUGCCGCACCGGACAGCCUCAUCCUCGUUUGGCCAGGGGCGAAAGCUACACCUGUGGAUACAAGCCUUUCCGCUGUGAGGUAUGCAACUACUCAACCACCACCAAAGGCAACCUUAGCAUCCACAUGCAGUCAGACAAACAUCUGAACAACGUACAAACGCUUCAGAACGGUGGAACGGAACCCCAGUACAACCACAACCAUGCCAGUACUGUGCCCAGUGCCAGCCUUGGUGGUGGCUGCAGCGCUCCAUCGCCAUCUAAACCCAAACAGAAGCCCACUUGGCGCUGUGAGGUCUGUGACUAUGAGACCAACGUGGCAAGGAACUUGAGAAUUCACAUGACCAGUGAAAAGCACAUGCACAACAUGAUGCUCCUGCAGCAGAACAUGAAGCAGAUCCAACACAGCCUCCACCUGGGCCUGGCUCCGGCCGAGGCAGAGCUUUACCAGUACUACCUGGCUCAAAACAUGGGCCUGGCAGGUGUAAAACUGGAGAACCCAACUGGGAGUGGUGGCCCAGAAGCCCAGAUGAUGAUUAACCCAUUCCAGCUAGACCCUGCAACUGCAGCUGCUCUGGGAUCAGGUCUAGUGAAUAGUGACCUGUCUGCAGAGCUGCGUCUUGCCACUGGUCAGCUGAUGGCAGAUGAUCUGUCCCUGGUAUCUGCCGGUGGAUUGGGGGGCAUGUCCUCGUCAGACCCCUCCCUGUCCUCCUUGUCGCCACCCAUCAACGACCCCACGAUGCGCCUCUACCAGUGCUCUGUGUGCAACUGCUACACCACGGACAGCCUGGAGGCUCUGAACGCCCAUGUCAACGCAGAGCGCUCUUUGCCCGAAGAGGAGUGGCGCUGCGUGGUGGGUGACGUGUACCAGUGCAAGCUCUGCAGCUACAACACGCAGCUGAAGGCCAACUUUCAGCUGCACUGCAAGACAGACAAGCACAUGCAGAAGCACCAGCUGGUGGCUCACAUCAAGGAGGGGGGCAAAGCCAACCAGUGGAGAUUAAAGUGCGUGGCCAUUGGCAACCCUGUGCACCUCAAGUGCAACGCCUGCGACUACUACAGCAACAGCGUGGAUAAACUGAGGCUACAUGCUACCAACCAGAGGCACGAAGCUGCCAUCCGCCUCUACAAGCACUUGCAGAAGCUGGACAGUGCGUACGGCCCGGAGUCGUGCGUCUACCACUGCACGCUGUGCGACUACUCCACCAAAGCCCGCCUCAACCUGGUGCAGCACAGUCGCUCGGCCCGCCACCAACAGAACGAAGGACUGAGGAAACUGCAGCUGCACCAGCAGGGCCUGGGAGGAGACGAGGAUGGACUGAGCCUGCACGAGCUGUUCCACGUCAAGGAGGUGCACUCCAGCCAAGAUGAUGCUGAGGAUCGUGAAAGACCUCCUCGCUCUUCCUCCAGGCAUGGACCGAACCUGGCUGAGCGAGACAUGACUGACAGCAGGAGAACUGACCGAGUGAUUGCCAUGUCCAAUGAGGUCACCGCACCGAAUGCAAUGGUAAAACAUUCCCUACCGCCAGAUCGACAAAUUGAAAGCCCGCCCAAAAGGCCAAAGUCUGCUGAGGGGAAGACGUCUGCCAAUGAGCAGGUCCAGCAGUGUCCAUAUUGCAACUUUAGCACUAAAGAUGCCAACCGUAUGCAGCUCCAUGUGAUGUCACAGCAUUCCAUGCAGCCCGUUAUUCGCUGCCCACUGUGCCAGGAUGUCCUGAGCAACAAGAUUCACCUGCAGCUGCAUCUUACACACCUCCACAGUGUUGCUCCCGACUGUGUGGAAAAGCUUAUUCUUACUGUUAUUGGACCUGAAACAGCAACACCGAAUAAUAUAAUGCAACCCCAAACUGGACAAGACAAAGCACUAUCCCUAAUGGAUUCCUCUACCUCUCUGUCUGAUAGGAGUGGGAAAUCUCAAGGAAAUGUCUCAAAAGAUGAAAUGCCCAGUCAAGACAAGAAUGAGUUGGACCUGCAUGGUGAGGAACUCAAGCCUCCAAAAGAGGCCUCAGAGGCCCCGGAAUGGAAGAGGGCCAGUGGAUUAGGACAUGAUAGCAAGUCUCCAGAUAACCUGCAAGACCAUCUGAGUGAGCUCCAAAGACUCCAGCAGCAACAGCAGCAGCUCUCAGUUUCCGAUCGUCAUGUCUACAAGUAUCGAUGCAACCACUGCAGUCUGGCCUUUAAGACAAUGCAGAAGCUUCAGAUACAUUCCCAGUACCAUGCCAUCAGAGCAGCUACUAUGUGUAGCCUCUGUCAGCGCAGCUUUAGGACAUUCCUGGCUCUCAGGAAGCAUUUAGAGAGUGGUCAUCCUGAGCUCAGUGAAGCUGAAGUGCAGCAACUAAUAGGAAAUCUACCAAUAAAUGGAGAUAUUAGUGAAAGUGAAGCCAGAGCCUUGGAAGAAGCUCAGGUCUUUGAAAAUGACUUGGAUAAAGAUGAUGAAAUAGACCAGGAAGAGAAGCCUAGUCCCACAGGAAGUGACAGCAGCUCCUUGGUUGAUGACAUGGGAGCAGAACCCAAACGGACACUUCCGUUUAGAAAGGGUCCUAACUUUACUAUGGAAAAGUUUAUGGAUCCUUCUCGGCCUUAUAAGUGCACAGUAUGCAAGGAAUCCUUCACUCAAAAGAACAUCUUAUUAGUCCACUACAAUUCUGUUUCCCACUUGCAUAAAUUAAAGAAGGUCCUUCAGGAGGCAUCAAGCCCAGUCCCACAAGAGACAAGCAACAGCACUGACAACAAACCAUUCAAAUGCAACAUUUGCAAUGUUGCAUAUAGUCAAAGCUCCACCCUUGAAAUUCACAUGAGGUCAGUACUCCACCAGACCAAAGCAAGAACAGCCAAAACUGAAAUCAGCAGCAGCAGCAGCAGCAGUGGAAGCAGCAGCAUCUCUGGCAGUAGUGGUCCAGUACCUGCAAAGAGUCCUGCACCGAGUUCACAAGGAAACAACAGCAACUCUGAUACUGCCAGAAGUGGAACACCUUCUACUAACAAAGAGAAUGCAGCUGAGUCUAAAGCAGCUAACAGCAGCAACAAUGUUAAGCAAGCCUCUACUGACCACGUUGCUUCACAAGCAAGCAGCCACCAGUCAGCUCAGUUGUCAGCUCAACUGCAACUGCAGCUCCAACACGAACUGCAGCAACAAGCUGCCUUCUUCCAGCCUCAGUUCCUUAAUCCAGCCUUUUUCCCACACUUCCCUAUGACCCCAGAAGCACUGUUGCAGUUUCAACAGCCACAGUUUCUUUUUCCAUUUUACAUCCCAGGAGCUGAGUUUAAUCUUAGCCCAGAGCUUGCCCUGCAUUCAGCAGCGGCUUUUGGAAUGCCUGGCCUCAGUGGAUCUUUUCUAGAGGACUUGAAGCAGCAGAUGCAACAACAGCAGCACCAGCUGCAGCAGGCUCAGGCACAGCAACAGGCACAGCAGCAGCAGCAAGCCUCUCAGGCACAUGCGCAACUUCAACAACAGAAAAACCAGCAAGUACAGAAUCACAAACAAAAACUUGAGUCCAACAAUGCAUCGGCUUUAGAACUUCAGAUGGCAAAAGAGGCAGAAGACCACUUAGAAAAACAGGAAGGCAGAGCAAAGGUAGAAAAUGGAGGUGAUGUAAUAAGUGAUGUGGGAAAAGACAUCAAAGAUCCCAAAAAGUCAAAGUUCUCAGAACCAUUGAUUCCUCCUCCACGGAUUGUGUCAGGAGCCAGAGGCAAUGCAGCAAAGGCGCUGCUCGAGAAUUUUGGUUUUGAGUUAGUCAUUCAAUACAAUGAAAACAGACAAAAAAACCAAAAGAAAAACAAAGAAGGAGUUGAACAAACAGAGCUAAACUCUGAUAAGCUUGAGUGUGGGAUGUGCGGGAAGCUCUUUUCCAAUAUGCUUAUUCUCAAAAGCCACCAAGAACAUGUGCACAGUCACUUUUUCCCGUAUGUAGAGCUUGAAAAGUUUGCCCAGCAGUACAGAGAAGCCUACGACAAACUCUACCCAAUAAAUCCAGCUUCACCAGAGCCUCCUCCACCCCCACCACCUCCACCUCCUCCUCCUCCACCUGCCCCGGCUCCAACCCAAGUUGCAGCAUCUCAGCCUGCGUCAUCAUCCACUACAUUGAUCAAACCCCAAACUCCUGCACCAUCACCAGUCCCUGUUUCUCUUCCAACUCCUCACCAACCGUCCCAUCAGACACCACCUUCCCAACCACCACCCCCUCCUCCACCCACUUCGGCACCACCUGCACCACCUCAAGUUCAACUUCCUGUUCCUUUGGACUUGCCUCUCUUCCCACCUCUAAUGAUGCAGUCAGUCCAACACCCAGGCCUGCCACCCCAGUUGGCUCUUCAACUGCCGACCAUGGACUCUCUUUCUACAGACCUAACUCAGCUUUGUCAGCAACAACUGGGUCUAGAUCCUAAUUUUCUGCGUCAGUCUCAGUUUAAGCGGCCUCGUACUCGUAUCACUGACGACCAGCUCAAGAUACUGCGAGCCAAUUUUGAUAUCAACAAUUCACCAAAUGAAGAGCAAAUUCAAGAAAUGUCAGAUAAGUCUGGCUUGCCUCAAAAGGUCAUCAAACACUGGUUCCGUAACACCCUAUUUAAAGAAAGACAGCGCAGCAAGGACUCUCCCUACAAUUUCAGUAUUCCUCCUAUUACAACAUUGGAAGACAUAAGGAUGGAGCCUCAGCUUAGUGCCCAGGAAUAUUACAGGACAGAAUCGAGCAUGAACAAGAGAUCGUCUAGGACCAGAUUCACAGAUUACCAGUUGAGGGUCCUUCAAGAUUUCUUUGACACCAAUGCCUAUCCAAAGGAUGAUGAAAUUGAACAGCUGUCCACAGUGCUGAGCCUACCAACCCGGGUAAUUGUUGUGUGGUUCCAAAAUGCUCGUCAAAAAGCUCGGAAGAGUUAUGAGAAUCAGGCAGAUUGCAAAGAUAAUGAGAAAAAGGAAUUGACCAAUGAGAGAUACAUCAGAACCAGCAACAUGCAGUACCAGUGUAAAAAAUGCAACAUUGUGUUCCCACGCAUCUUUGACCUCAUAACCCACCAGAAGAAACUGUGUUAUAAAGAUGAAGAUGAUGAAAUAAACGAUGACAACAACUCUUACGACUUUGCUGAUACUAUUGAGCAAGGCCAUAGUAGGAUGAACCAAUUACCUUCUGAGACACACAAACAGUCCCAAACAGGUACUGCUACCAGUUCUGGCUCAAGCUCGCCCGUAAUGGCUUCUCCUCGUACCAGCAUGGGGAAAACAUCUCCCAAACCAGAGGUUGGAUCUGAAACUGAAGUAAAACAAACUGAGGCUGCCCCAUCACCGGUGGUGAAAUCACUACCAGAACCAAGACCAUCAAAGGCUUGCACACCUCAGCCACCUCCUCAGAAAGCUCCCCAACCACAGAUGUCAAGACCCCACUCUCAGCCACAGGCAGCUGCAGUACCAUCAAGUCCGCUGUCUUUGGCUCUUUCAUCACUGACCAACAGUCUCCCCCACCAAAUGCUUCAGUACCAAUGUGAUCAGUGUAAGAUUGCAUUCCCAACUGUAGAACUUUGGCAGGAACACCAGCACAUGCAUUUCCUAGCUGCCCAAAACCAAUUUCUUCACUCUCAGUUUCUUGAAAGACCAAUGGAUAUGCCAUACAUGAUAUUUGAUCCCAACAAUCCCCUGAUGGCAAGUCAACUAUUAUCUGGUGGGCUUUCCCAAAUCGCCUCACAGGGUAGCUCUGGUUUGGCUUCUGCAUCAGGCUCUUUAGCUUUGAAGAGGAAAUUGGAUGACAAGGAUGACAGUGCCAAUGAUAAAGAUGGUGGAAACAGCAGUGAAGAACAACACAGAGAUAAACGUUUGAGAACCACCAUUACUCCAGAGCAACUUGAGGUUCUGUAUGACAAAUACUUACUUGACUCAAACCCAACAAGGAAGAUGUUGGACCACAUUGCACGAGAGGUCGGCUUGAAAAAGAGAGUUGUGCAAGUAUGGUUUCAAAACACCCGGGCGCGAGAGAGAAAGGGACAAUUUAGAGCGAUCGGGCCUUCUCAGACCCACAAAAAAUGUCCCUUUUGCAGAGCACUCUUUAAAGCCAAAUCUGCCCUUGAUAGCCACAUUCGGUCCAGACACUGGCAUGAAGCUAAGCAGGCAGGCUUUAGCUUGCCCCCAAGUCCAAUGAUGAGUCAGGACAAUGAAAGAGUAGAAAGCCCCAAUAAAUAUAAUUUCUUCGACUACCCUCAUCUGCCUACGAAGACUGAACCUAAUGAUUAUGAGCUGCCCACUGCGUCCUCAACUCCACACAAACCAUCAGAGGCACAGUUAAAAAACUUCUUAAGCCCUUCAUCCUUAAAAGCUGAAAACUGUGAUGAAACUGAAGGGCCAAAUAUAAAUUCAGCAGAAGCUUCAUCUUACGAUCUGGCAAAGAUGGACUUUGAUGAGACGUCGUCAAUUAACACAGCCAUAAGUGACGCCACGACUGGAGACGAGGGUAAUAAUAACGAGGUUGAAAGCUUUACUGCCAAUGGUGGUGACAAGCUAAGUGAUGGCAAGAAUGGCCUGGUGCUCAGCUCUGAUGGUGGCAAUGAACGAUUCCAAUUCAGCAUGGUGAGCCCAGCCCUCAGUUUCUCUGGGAAAGACUGUGACUCUUAUGUCAGUUCCAGGGAUGAUGAAAUGGACGAAAGCAAUGACAGGAGUGAAUCAUCAAGCUUGACAGAUCCCAGUUCCCCUAGUCCCUUUGGUAACCCCUUCAACAAAUCUGGGAAAGCCAAUAAUGCUGGAGACAGACCAGGUCACAAACGAUUUAGGACCCAGAUGAGCAACCUGCAACUUAAAGUGCUCAAAGCCUGUUUUAGUGACUACCGCACUCCUACAAUGCAAGAGUGUGAAAUGCUGGGCAAUGAGAUUGGACUUCCCAAACGUGUCGUCCAGGUGUGGUUCCAGAAUGCCCGUGCUAAAGAAAAGAAGUUUAAAAUUAACAUUGGAAAGCCAUUUAUGAUCAGUCACGGUUCACCAGAUGGACCCAAGCCCGAGUGUACCUUGUGUUGUGUAAAGUACACAGCCAGGAUGUCCAUUCGAGACCACAUAUUUUCUAGACAGCACAUCACCAAAGUGCAGGAAACCUUGGGAACCCAGGUGGACAGAGAAAAGGACUACCUAGCGCCAACUACUGUUCGUCAGCUCAUGGCCCAGCAAGAGCUGGACCGUAUAAAGAAGGCUGGAGAGGGACUUAACUUACCUGGCCAGCAACAGCAGACUGCAGUAGAAAACAAUAAUGCACUUCAUGGUCUCAGCUUGCCUACAGGCUACCCAGGGUUAUCUGGCCUUCCACCUGUGCUACUUCCUGGGGUCAAUGGACCAUCUUCACUUCCUGUUUUCCCACCCAACACACCUGCUUUAGCGUCUCCUGGUGCUGGCAUGCUUGGGUUCCCUACCCCAGCCACCCCCUCUCCUGCCAUGUCUCUCAGCACUACCCCAACCAAGACUCUUCUGCAGACUCCUCCUCCACCACCUCCUCCUCCACCUCCACCUCCUCCUCCUCCUUCCACACCUUUGGCAGCAGUAAAUCAUACAGAGCAGCAAGGCAAAGACACAGAGAGAGACAGCAGCAAGAAGCAAGGUGAUAAGUCAUCACAGAUGAAGGUGAAGGAACGGGAAAAUGAGAGCAGCGCUCGCCCUGAGACUCCCAGCAAGGUUAAGAUAAGAGAGAAACCAAGUCCAGCUCAAGGGAAACCAGGAAGUGAGACACCGCUUGAUGCUGCACAGCUUCAAGCGCUUCAAAAUGCUCUUGCAGCUACUGAUCCCACUUCUUUCUUGGGGGGACAGUUCCUGCCCUAUUUUCUUCCUGGAUUCCCCAACUGCUUCUCUCCUCAACUUCCAAGAGGGGUCCAAGCAAGCGGCUACUUUCCACCACUGUGUGGAAUGGAAAGCUUGUUUCCCUAUGGCCCAGCAGCAGUUCCACAAGCUGCCAUGGCAGCCGGACUGUCGCCAACCGCUCUCCUGCAGCAGUACCAGCAGUACCAACAGUCCCUCCAGGACUCACUGCAGAAACAACAUCAGCAGCAGAAACAGCAGCAGCAGCAGCAGA